AUGUCUUCGGUCCAGCGUGCAUUUGCUCACAAGUUAAGCAAACAGCAUGCCGCCGAUGUGAGGCGGCAAAUUGCCACUUCUACUUCCUAUUCUCGUGAUUUAUCCAAGAGCGGUAGCAGUGUAUCAGGAUUUUCUUCCACGAUGUCCCUGUGCGAGGUAUUAGAACCACUUGAUUACGAGGAAUUCUUGGGACAGCAUCAGUCAGUGCUGGACCGUGAUCCUUUAAAACCAAUACUAGAUUUUCCACCGGGAGACGUCGAAUUGAGAGUCGUAAAGAGGAAGAUUCGAACAGAGGAGCCAGUAGUACCGCACGAAUCAAUUGAUACCGUGUCGCCUUAUGUGAAAAGAUGCAUUGAGAGUUUUACUUCAGACUGGGUCGUAAUACAUCGUAAAUACAAAGGUAGAAUCUCACCUAUCGCCCGAGACAGAUUGCUUCAGGAUACACCUAGACAAGAUUUCGAGGUAGAUCAAGAAGAUGCAAAUGGCUGUGUAUCACCGAACGAAGAGGAUGAUUUGCCCAAUUCCGGAGAUACUCCGAGAGGAUCUUGGGCAAGUCUGGAUUUGCGGCAUUCGCAACAUGACCCUCUUCUGCCGAGUUUGUUAGAUCGUGUUUGCCUCGAAACGAUCGAUCAGAUGAACGAGCAGAAAAGAUUGGAGGAUCGACAGGAAGCCUUGUUCCCGCUUUACGCUCCUCCGACUUCUCCUGACGAUGAGUGGCAAGAAAUCAGCGUUGCCCCGGAACCUACAGAACCUUUUGCUCAUAAAAUUCUCGUAAAAUGUCUGCAAUUAAAGUUAGAACUAGAAGUGGAGCCAAUAUUCGCCAGUCUCGCAUUAUACGAUGCCAGAGAAAAGAAAAAGGUGUCCGAAAAUUUCUACGUCGAUAUGAAUUCAGAGGGCUUGAAAAGAAUGCUUGGAGGACACAUCGCUUAUAGCGAUGCAAGUACCUUAGCUAGAAGUUGCGUUUUGAGUAUCAAUAAACCCAGUCCCGAUUUGUUUCUUGUCGUACGGCUCGAGAAAGUAUUGCAGGGCGAUAUAUCGGAGUGUGCCGAACCAUAUUUACGCGAAGAUAAAAAUAAAGAUAAGGUCAGAGCUGCCGCCGCUGCUGCGUGCGAACGCCUAGGUCGUUAUAGAAUGCCUCUCGCGUGGACUGCAAUUCAUUUGUCUGGUGUAAUCGGAGGCGGUGGUGAUACGGAUAGCACUGGCAGUGCUGGAUCUUUAGACAGAAAGUCGGGCGGUCUGGAACAGUGGCGAAAGAAAGUGGAACCGCCGACGCGACGUGGUUCGCUAGAAAGACGGAGUUCGGAUAAAAGACGUAGUUGGUCGCCGGACGAUUUUGCCAAUUGCCUCGAUAGCUUUAGGCCCAUUACUUUAACAGUCUCGAGCUUCUUCAAGCAGGAAAGCGAACGACUUCGCGAUGAAGAUCUUUAUAAGCUUUUGGUUGAACUACGAAGACCUGGUUCCAACUUGAAACGAUUAAAAUGCUUACCAGGGAUAUUGAAAUUGGAUCUCAGUCCCAGACCCGAAGAGCUACCGAGGUGUCUUGAUCCCGACCUUAGAAGAUUAGUUCCAUAUCCGGAUGAAAAGAAUCGACCGGUUAAGGAGAUACUCGAGUUUCCAAGCGAAGUUGUUUCGCCCGAUUUAACGUAUCGUAAUCUCCUAUAUCUUUAUCCCAAGGAAGCAAACUUCAGCUCCAGAACUGGCUCAGCCCGUAAUAUCGCUGUAAGAAUUCAGCUUAUGGGAGGUGAGCAAGAAGCCGACGCGCUUACAGCUAUCUUCGGCAGAUCAUCGUGUCCUGAGAUGACGCACGAAUAUUUUACUUCCGUAUCAUACCACAACAAGAAUCCGAAUUUUUACGACGAAAUCAAGAUGAGACUACCCGCGGAUUUAAGUGCAAAACAUCACUUAUUGUUCACUUUCUAUCAUAUUAGUUGCCAGAAGAAAGCAGAGCAACCAAACGUCGAAACGGCGGUCGCAUAUACAUGGCUACCGCUUCUAAGAGAUGGUCAUCUCCAAUCAGGCGAAUUCAGUUUGCCUGCUAUGCUAGAUCCGCCACCCGCAAAUUAUUCCUACAUUGCACCCGAUGUUCUUUUGCCAGGCACUCGAUGGGUGGAUGCUCAUCGAGGGGUCUUCACUGUUAUAUUGGAGCCUGUUUCCAGCGUUCAUCCGCAAGACAAAUAUAUUGACAGAUUUUUAUCAUUAUGCGGCUUUUUGGAAACCGGUCAAGUUCCGCCCCGUAUCGGCGAAGCGGGCAUGGAAUCAGAAUUAAAAUCAGCUCUUCUCGAAUUAGCGCGUGCCUCACAUUCCGCCUUGGUGCGAUCACUUCCACAAUUACUGGAUCAAUUACUGUGUCUUCUAGUGCGACCGCCAACAUUACCGUCUCAAUCGCUGAACGUUGCCGCCACCAUCUUCGAGGCUCUGGGACUGCUCGUACGAAAUAUUACCAAUUUACCGGAUGGUCAAUUAGACGCGCAUGGAAGACACGCGCUAUUGGCCACCUACAUCGCGUAUCAAUGCUCUUUGCCGAGCAUGACUCACAACGGGGGCGUCGUGCGAGCACAGAGCAAUCCCGAUCUGCCUCUGGAAGAUCUGGAGAUGGAAAUCCACUCGCGGGGAUUGGACAGAACCGCGUCGAUGCGACAGGAAUCCCCCUCGAUCAACAGUCAUCCCACCAGAAGACUUCUACACGAGGAACUUGCCUUGCACUGGGUUGUAUCCACCGGUCAGGCACGCGAACUGGCGAUAACUCAUUCUUGGUUCUUCCUGGAGCUGAUAAUGCGCUCGAUGGUUGUCACGCUGUCUGAGAUGGCGUCCUUGGAGGCACUGCGAAAAAUUAGAUUCUCACCGCAGUUCUGCGACGAUGUCGCGACGCUCACCGCUGCGUUAACGUCCGAGGUGAUAUCGCGCUGCGGCAAGGAAAUCCGCGUGGCGUCCAACUUGAUAUCGAGCCUUGGCAAUUUCUUAUCCGACCUGCUAUCCGUGAUGGACAGAGGAUUCGUGCUGUCGCUCGUUCGCGCCGCCUGUUGCUCGCUGUCGGAUGCGUCAAUGCAUAUUCCCGACUCCGCAGCGUUAUUCGCUCUGAAACUCGAUCUCGUGAGAACGGUGUGCUCGCACGAGCACUAUGUAGCAUUGAAUCUUCCCUUUGGCACUGGUUAUACGUCGGGAUCGGCUCCGGCAUCGCCCAGUCCAUCGACUGGCAGCUCAGGCAGUCUGAUAUCCACUCUCGUGCCCGGGGAUAGAGCCCGGUUUUCGGAACUCAGUCAAGAAUUCAGGCAGCAGCACUUCCUGGUCGGCAUUGUUCUGUCAGAUCUGGCAAACACCUUGGAGAUACCAAAUCCGAUGCUACAGAAUAAAGCUAUUGGGACCGUCCGACAUCUUAUGAGCUGCCACGAUGCUGAUCUGCGAUAUUCCGAUCCUGCGGCGAAGGCUAGAGUUGCCGCGCUCUAUCUGCCGUUACUUAGUAUCUUGAUGGAUGCCUUACCCCAGCUUUAUCAUUGGGACUCCAAAGACAAAAGCGUUUAUCCGGAUGAAUCCGGAUCGAUCACGCAAUCGGUAGCAUUGGCUAUUGCUGGCGGAAUGUCGGCGGACACCGCGGGCAAUCAGUGCCGUGUAUCUCUGAGUUCCGAAGCUACUCGACAUUUAUUAAUGUGUGCCUUAUGGGUGCUGAAGGGACUAGAACGAACCGCUCUAGCACAGUGGUGUUCCGAACUCAGCGCUAGACGUAUUCUGAGCUUGCUGCAAGUACUGAAUAUCGCCACCGCAGCUUUCGAAUACAAGGGCAAGAAAGCACUUAAAAGAUUGCCACCUCAAGCAACGGCCACCAGCGAUAUUAGAUCGCGACUGGAAGAUGUGAUUCUCGGUCAGGGAAGUGCCAGGAGCGAAAUGAUGCUACGAAGAAAGGAGAGAGUGACCGGAGACAAAUUGAGAUGGCGCAAAGAUCAAAUGCCUUACAGAUCUUGUGAACAACCGGAAGGAAGAGCUGUGGAACAAGACGCUCAUAUAGAAGGAGCCUUAGCGGCUGAGGCUUCUCUUGUCGUAUUAGAUACCUUAGAAUCCGUAGUUCAAGCUGACGGCGGUGGAGGUGCGGUUGUCGGUGCGGUAUUGAAAGUGUUACUAAGAGCGUUGGCUAGAAACCAAAGUACAUCGGUGCUUCAGCACAUGUUCAAUACACAGCGGGCUUUAGUCUUCAAGUAUCAUAGCGCAUUGUUCGACGAGGAAAGCGAGCGCUGCGGGGAUUUAUGCUUAACAUUGCUCACUCGAUGCAGCUCGCCCUUAAGCGCUAUUAGAAGUCACGCAGCUGCAAGCCUGUAUCUGCUGAUGCGACAGAAUUUCGAAAUUGGGAAUAACUUUGCGCGCGUCAAGAUGCAAGUCACAACGUCCUUAUCUGCUCUUGUUGGAAGAGGAAGAGCACCUAGCGAGGGUGCGUUACGUAGGGCCUUGAAAACGGUGCUGGUAUACGCCGAGAGAGAUACGGAGCUUUCAGACACGAGCUUUCCUGAACAAGUGAAGGAUCUACUAUUCAAUCUUCAUAUGAUCCUCUCUGAUACUGUUAAGAUGAAGGAAUUCCAAGAGGAUCCUGAAAUGCUCUUGGAUCUAAUGUAUAGAAUCGCCAAGGGCUAUCAAGGAUCGCCUGAUCUUCGUCUGACUUGGCUCGCAAAUAUGGCGCAGCAGCACAUGGAAAGGAAAAAUCACACGGAAGCAGCAAUGUGUUUGGUGCACAGUGCCGCUCUGGUAGCGGAAUAUCUUCAUCUACUCGAACCUGGUGGCGGCGGUCGGCCCGUAGGAGCUGUUGCUUUGAACGCCGUGACACCGAACGCUUUAGAGGAGAGUGCCGUCGGCGAUGACGUACUGGCCAGAAGGGAAGAAGGGCUUUGCUUAGGCCCCGAUUUUUCAGAAAGUGGAUUGGCGGGUUUAUUGGAGCACGCGGCUAGCUCUUUUCACGCAGCUGGAAUGUACGAAGCUAUUCCUGACGUCUAUAGGGUGUUGCUACCUAUAGCAGAAGCUGCACAUGACUACAAGAAAUUAGCUAACAUUCACGGUAAACUUCACGAGGCAUAUACGCGUGUGGAACAAUUGGCUGGCAAGCGUGUCUUCGGGACGUACUUCAGAGUUGGUUUCUAUGGCGCCAGAUUCGGCGAUCUUGCCGGCGAAGAGUUCGUUUACAAAGAGCCAACUUUAACAAAACUUCCGGAAAUAUUCUCGAGACUCGAGAACUUUUAUGCCGAGAGAUUCGGCGCGGAGAAUAUAGUUAUAAUAAAGGAUUCGAAUCCUGUGGAUCCUAGCAAACUGGAACCGGACAAAGCUUACGUACAGAUCACUUACGUGGAGCCGUACUUCGAAGCACACGAGCUUAGACACAGACCUACAGUUUUCCAUCGGAAUUUCAACAUAAAACGAUUUGUUUAUGCGACACCUUUUACUCCUGGUGGCAAAGCUCACGGUGAAUUACGUGAACAGUGUAAACGGAAGACUAUAUUAACGGUGGCGACACAUUUCCCAUAUCUGAAAACCAGAAUUCGAGUUGUGGCUCGAAAACAGAUAGUCCUGAGUCCCAUCGAAGUGGCAAUUGAAGACAUACAGAAGAAGACUGCCGAGGUGGCUGCUGCAACCGCUCAAGAACCACCUGACGCAAAGAUGCUGCAAAUGGUCCUUCAAGGUUGCAUUGGCACGACGGUUAAUCAAGGACCAGCUGAAGUAGCGGUCGUGUUUCUUUCGGGUUUGCGCGAACAAAAUGCGCAGCCGACCAGAUUGCAGCACAAGCUUCGUUUGUGUUUCAAAGAUUUCCAGAAAAAGUGUCUCGACGCUUUGCGGCGCAAUAAGAAUCUGAUUGGUCCCGAUCAGCGGGAUUAUCAGCGGGAGCUGGAGAGAAAUUAUCAGAGAUUGACCGAGAGAUUGGCACCUCUCAUUGCUUGGAGUGGACCGUCCUUAAUUAAUCAGCAAGCUGUAUCGUCGACUCCUCCGCGCUGGUAGGGAAAUGAAACACUGCCAUAGAAGCUUACCAAAGACUAAUUAUCCAAUUAUUAAUCGCGUGUAUUGUCAUAUAGCUAAUUCUACUUUUAAUUACUAUUGUGAAGAAUAUACGUACGUUGAAUUCUUGUUUUAUAACAGGAUUGAAAAAAUUCCAAGUUAUUUAUAAAAUAAAUAUAUAUUUAGUCAAAAGAAUUAUAUGAGUUAUAUUUUAUAUGAGUUUUAUAUACAUGUAAUGAGUUAUUAGAUAAAUCGACUUUUGUGGAAAAAGGAAUAAAAUAAAGAUAGCAUUAUAAAAAAUCGUUGGAUUUCCAAAUUUGUUAACGCUAAACGAUCAAACGUUUUUAGAACAAGGAUUCAACGUAAUUUAUUUAUAUAAUUGAAAUUUUCAUACUUAUAAGCACUUAAGUAUUACGAUACGUUGUGACCAUCACAUUAAAUGGAUUUAUAUAGAUAUGGGCGGGCAUUUAUAUUUAGAAUUUGUAUUUUUUUUAUAACUGAUCUAUUUUUGAAAAAAUCAAUUUUUUACGGUAGAUUUCCCCCAAAGAGUUUUAUCGAUGACUUAUGACUCAAAUGAAUUUUGUGUAUGCAAUUUAUGUGUACGAAAUUUAGUUAAUUUAAUGAAAUUUGGUUUUAAAUCAUCUGGCGUCUGUACAAUAUCUUGAUGAUUAAAUUCAAGAUGUCUCUCUAGAUGUUGAUAGAUAUUAGCUGCUGAUAUGCUCAAAAUUUUUUUACAAUGUAUGCAUUUUAUGCUCUUCAACUAAAAGAAAAAAAUGUUUCCAAAUCGGAUGAGACUUCGGACGGCUACGUUGUUUUAUUUUCUUUUUUCUUAUUAAACACACACAUACACAGGUUGUUUGACUCUCUACACUGUUAAUUUUUUUUUUACAUUUCUUACAUUUUAUAUAUUUUAACUCGGUGAAGUCUUUCCAUAUCGGGUGUCUUUUUUUUUGGUCCACGGUGUCCUAUCUCAUUUUUUUCUAUUAAAUUUUCUAUUAAAUUAUUUUAUUAAUUCUUUGUCCUUCAAUCGUUUUCUCAGAAUGCAGGAAAGAGAAACCUAAAUCAAGGACCGUCGUCAAAUAAAGGUCGUCGUAAACAAAGGUCGUCAAAUCAAGGUUUCGUUCGUCUUCAGCGCUUUUUUCUUCUCUUUGCUGUUCACGUGAUAGCAAAUUCUUCCAAUUUUUUAGCUGGUAUCUGACUCUCUUGUUCUGAUACAACCAGAUACGCAGGUGCAAGAGAGACCGAUGUACUCGUACUCUGAACAUUUCUGUACAUUUACAUACAUUUCUUUACAAUAGGUGCUUUCAAUUUACAUCAAAACUCAGAUAAUUCUCACUUGUGACGUCGUUCUAUCUUUUUUGGCAUUUAAUGAAUAAUAAAGACAGAAUGACAUCACAAGUAAGAAUUAUCUGAGUUUUGAUGUAAAUAGAAAGCAACUAAUGUAUGCAUUUUAUGCUUUUCAACUCAAAAGAAUGUUUCCAAAUCGGAUGAGACUUCGGACGGCUACGUUGUUUUAUUUUCUUUCUUCUUAUUAAACACACACAUACACAUGUUGUUUGACUCUCUACUCUUUGUCAAUUAUUUCUCUAUUUAUCUAUUACAUUUAUUACAUUUCAUAUAUUUUAACUUGGUGAAGUCUUUCCAUAUCGGGUGUCUUUUUUUUGGUCACUUGUCUCAUUUUUUUCUAUUAAAUUUUUGAUUAAAUUAUUUUAUUAAUUCUUUGUCCUUCAAUCGUUUUCUCAGAAUGCAGGAAAGAGAAAUCUAAAUUAAGGUUUUGUUCGUCUUUAGCGCUUUUUUCUUCUCCUUGCUGUUCACGCGAUAGCACAAAUUCUUCAAAUUCUUCCAAUUUAUCAGCUGGUAUCUGACUCUCUUGUUCUGAUACAACCAGAUACACAGGCGCAAGAGAGACCGAUGAAAUCAUCCUCCUGCUGUAGACAUAUAUUAUGUAGAACACAGCAUGCCAGUAUGGUGUCUGGGAUUUCUUCGUAGCAGACCAUGGAGAGAUGUCUUAAUCGUCGAAAGCGUCCUUUCAGUAAUCCGAAAGUUCUUUUAAUUGUUUGUCUCGUUUUACUCAGAAUGGUGUUAAACGAGAUUUGUAUCUAAAAUUAAUAUGUGUUAUCAUUGCAAGGCGAAGAAUUUUUUAACUGCUACGUGCAAAGUAAAAAAAUACUAACUUACAGCAGUUAGGUGUCCUAUAUUUUUAUAUGGUGAAAUACACCAAGGUAAUGGAGGAUUAUAGGCCUUAUCUCCAAUUAUGUAUUCACUAUUGGGGAAAAAAUUUUGGAUGUUUGCCUCAGUGUCUCUGUAUAAUGGAGAAUUCCGAAAUACUCGGAGAUCUCCCACACUUAGCCAGCAAAUACAUCGGUGAAUCGCAACUCAGGAUCACAUACCGCUUGAAGGGUUAUUGCGUACUCACAUUUUCUGGUUCGAUAUUAUUGUGCAUCACCUUAACAAAUUUUAAAAAUUUUACAACAUGGUAUUUUUUUAACUUGUAAUACUCUGUAAGUAGCAAAUUAAA